AUUAGCAGGUCCGUGCGGUCGGUGGGUCCCACAGAAGUUGGCAACAAGGCAACCACCACCGACUCGUAUAGUGGGAUCCAAAGGCCGCUCGCCGUCGCUCCAUUUCCCCCCAACCUGUGCGCCGCUCCGCCGCCUCCGCGCCGAGCACGCGCAUCCGUCCAGAACUCCAGAUCCAGCCAUCCUCGCCUGCUCCCGCUGCAGCCGCACCUCUCUCCAUUCCUUCCCGCGUCGGCGAGCGGGAGGGCGGGCGGGCUUCGUCUUCCCCCGAGCGGGGUUGGCGUGGAGGCGGUUUCUUCGUCUUCCGUGUUAUGUCUUUCUCCAGUGGCACAACUGUUCAACUGAAGAGCAGAUUUUUGUAGUGCAAUGGCUGUGGAAAGAGAUGUGUUUGGCAUCUCAGGGCCGACAUAUCUGAAAUCUGUUGAUUGGAACUGCGAGCAUAAUCGGAGAUCUGUGGCUGCAAGCUUAGUUCAGGCUGUAUAUGUAUUGGAGAGAGACCGACAACUAAAUCGCCAAUCUGUUGAAGCCCUGGCUCCUCCUUGGUGGGAAUUCUUCCAUUUUGAGCUGAUUCGCAAGCUUAUUGAUGAUGCCGAUAUGUCCAUAUUUGGUGCAAUAUUUGAAUUCAAUCCUCCUUCAAGUGAAGAAGUUUCUGCUGUGAAUGCUCCAAGAUUUGUCGUUGCUUUCAGAGGCACCAUAACAGAAAGGGAUACCAUCUCUAGGGAUCUUUCCCUUGACCUCCACCUUGUACAAAAUGGUCUCCAUAGGACCUCAAGAUUUACCAUUGCAAUGCAAGCUGUUCAAAACGUUGCCUCAGUUUUUCCCAGAUCCACAAUUUGGCUAGCAGGGCACUCAUUGGGUGCAGGUAUGGCUAUCCUUACUGGAAGAAACAUGGUUAAGAAGGGUGUGCUUUUGGAAAGCUUUCUCUUCAAUCCACCCUUUGUCGCUGCUCCAAUUGAAAGGAUCAGAGAUGAAAGGGUUAAGCAUGGUUUCCGCAUUGCUAGAAGUGUAAUUACUGCUGGAUUAACUAUUGCAAUGAAAGGUAAAACCGAGGGGAACAGUCAGAGAUCUGUUGCUGAAGAAUCUUUCAGCAUUCUGUCAUCAUGGACGCCGUAUCUAUACAUUAACCCAGGAGACCAUAUCUGUUCAGAGUACAUCGGGUACUUCCAACACCGGAAGAACAUGGAGGAUCUUGGUGCUGGUUUUAUUGAGAAGCUUGCAACCCAGAAUUCCAUUGGAGAUCUGUUCUUCAAGGCAUUAGGGUGGGAAUCAGAACCACUGCACCUUCUCCCAUCUGCUGACUUGAUCGUCAACGUGAGCCCUUCACCUGAUUUCAAAUAUGCUCAUGGCAUCAGCCAAUGGUGGCAGCCCGAGCUGAACUUGCAGUGCAGUAAAUAUCGGUACUAAUAGCUAUACACUGCUGGAAAAGGAAGAUGUUCUUAGAAACUUAGCUGUGGUCUUCUAUUCUUUCAGUUUAUUCAUGUGGUCCAUUCCAUUUAUAUGAUACAUUAUUUCAGACACAAGACUGCAACCUUGACCCUGCGAAAUCUAUUGAUUAUGUACAGUAAUCAGAUUAACUGCAUUUCUGUACUCUGAUGUGCUUA